AUGCUUUUCCAGCUCCGGCUGCCCUCUCGUCCACUUUCGGUCAACAAUCGCCUGCGCCACGCAGAAGGCGGGCCAGCCUCAAAGCCUCAAAGCCUGAGCUACGCUCGCUCAUUCGACUCUUUGCACAUUGUUGGCACGCUCCGUUCCAGUCCCAAGGGAGAAUGCGCGAAAGCGCGAAUGCGAGCCGUCGAUGGAACUCCUGCGUCGUUGGAAGUCCUGCCCAGCGAGCGCCAACAGGCUCAGCUCGAGAACGCACGCUUCCCUGCGCAUCUCGGCCUCGACCAAGCCCGUUCCCCCCCUCGGCAGAUCACAGCCACGCUCGUCUGCUUGCCCUUCCCCACGCCUGCAGAUCGCAAGCCUAGACUCCUGAGUCCAAGAACGCUGCGCCGCCGGCAUGCCAUCGUUUCACCUGGAGAGAUCCAAACCACGCCACAUGUCCCCUAG